CAGGGAGACUCAGGGGUGUCCAGCCUACAGGCCACCCAAGAGGGCUAGGAAUGCAGCCCAACACAAAAUCCUAAGUUUACUUAAAACCUUUUUUUUGUCCAUCAGUUUUCAUUAGCGUUUGAGUAUUUAAUGUGUGGCCCAGAGACGCCAAAAGGUUGGACGCCCCACAAUAGAUGGCAUGGUUGAGAACUCAGAAAAAGUUAUAUAUGUGAAAAAAAGGCAACUAGAAACUCCACAAACAACAGAAAACCAUACCAAAAAACUCUUAGUCCAUAUUUAAGUAUACUAAAAAGUGGAUUCAUAGAGCAAAAGAAUUUGAUAGUGUGAACAUUCUCUUCUGAAUGACACAAGAAAUGUGACCACGCCUCUUGGAUGCCAGCCUAGUGUGUGGCAGCAUGGCUAAACGCACCAAGAAGUUCAGAAUCGUUAGUAAAUACGGCACCCAUUAUGGCGCCUCCUUCAGGAAAAUGGUGAAGAAAAUCGAGAUCAGUCAGCACGCCAAGCACACUUGCUUCUUCUGUGGCAAAACCAAGACGAAGAGGCGAGCCCUGGGGAUCUGGCACUGUGGCCCCUGCACGGAAGCGAUCGCUGGUGGUUCCUGGACCUACAACGCACUUCUGCCCGUCACAGUAAAGUCGCCAUCAGAAGGCUGA